GGAUCCAGCUGGUGUCAUGGCAAGCUUCCGAGGCUCAGGAGCGGGACACUAGUGUCUGGGAUGACUUUGACAAGUGAAUUCCAUUGACCUGGGCGGCUCCUCCUGUCUGCUGUAACCGCGUACCCGAGCAGGCCGUCGCAAAGCAAGCUGAGGAGGAGAGGCGCCUCCGUGAGGAAGAGGAGCGAAAGCAGCUCCGCAAGGCUGCGGUGUUCCAUGCACGUCCAAUGCCCGACCUGUCAGCGCUGCCGGCUGCCAAACCCCCGCCUCCACCAAAGCCCUUAACGAAACCCAGAUCGCCAGUGCUUGCCACACGCAAGCGGCGGAAGCUCCGGAAGGACGAUGACGCGUGACAGCCCUUCCUAGCCCUGUGCCAUAAGCAAAGGGGGGUACGGUCUACAGACUUCCUGACGUGGACGUGACGGAUUGGCAGCCAGGGCAGCUGCGGGGGCCUAAGGGGUCGCAGCAGGUGCACUCCAACACACCGUAAACAGGCUCAACAUCAGUUUAACGCUCCCAUGGACGGGGCGAUGACAUGACGCGGACAAACAUGCCCACAGCGGGAGGACAAGGCACAAGCAUGCAAAUGCCUGCCGUGAAGGGCUUUACGUGGCAGCGACGAUCAGGUGCAGCCUAUGCCAACCUCAGGUGCAGCCCUAUGCCAACACCCAUAAAAAGCAUAUUGCGGUUUUCGUUCAUCAAGCACUUGACACGUUUGAUCUCAGAAUGCAGUCCUUAGGUUUCACCGCCUCAGAGUGUUAGGAUGCCGUGAAUAUACAUCUGGCACUAAGGUGGGCCUCCCGAGCGUCUUGCAAAAGGUCGCAAAUGUACCCCGAAACCUACAGAUAGCUUAUGCAAGUUUGCAUCCGGCUCUUUUUGCUCUCAAAAAGAGAUGAAUGCAAACUUGCAUAAGCUAUCUGUUUGUAGCCCUUUUACUGGCGCAAACGCCGUACAAGGAAACCCAUUGGACGCUGUGCUACAUUCCGUUGUACACUGUUCUUGGGAGCUCGUGGAAGCAGGCGCUUGCUGUGUUCCCACACAAAAGGAAUUUAUUACGGUGUUGGUGUCGCGGCGUAGGUUACUGGGUCCGAUGAGCUCCACGCGGGUAGCUGUAAGAAACGUGACGCGUAUGGCGUCCGAUGUAACAUGUUUAUGUGUAGGCUUUCCUGAGAAUCCCGCAACCAUUUUGUUCUGUAAGGAAUUUUUUCCAACCGCGCGUUGGUAUGGCAACAGCUCGGGUUUCGGUCUGUACGACAUGAUUGCCUGGGCAGCCAACACCACCAUUCCCAUCCCUACAAGCAGCGAGGCAUGGAUAGAGAAAUGACUAUUAUGACCAGCAUGCGAAUACUCCUAGACGAGAUUUGCCGUACCUCUGCUUUUGCUGUCGCGGAUCGCACACAGCAGCUGCGCAUACAUUCCGUUUCCAGUCUUGUAACCUUACACACUGGAAUCAUCAAGGGUUUCGUUAGAGGAUUACACUUUUGUGAAGGCAGCUGUUGUGAAGAGUGGAAUUCCCUUAGCAUCGGACUCGUGUCCGCGUUUUCGUUGUGCGGACAUGGCAGUGGACUCGCAUGACUAUACGUUUAAGGUCCUACUAGUUGGCGACAGUGGUGUGGGGAAAAGCUGUAUCUUAACACGGUUCACCUCUGGAAUAUUUGAGGAAAGCACAACAUCGACGAUAGGCGUGGAUUUUAAGGUCAAAUACCUUACAGCGGACGGCAAACGGUGCAAGCUAACGAUAUGGGAUACUGCUGGGCAAGAAAGGUUCCGCACUCUCACCAGCAGCUACUACCGUGGAGCUCAGGGCAUAAUCUUUGUGUACGACGUUACCCGGCGGGACACGUUUGAGUCUCUCGAGGCCAACUGGAUGCGCGAGUUUGACAUUUACAGCACUGUGGAGUCGGCUAUUAAGAUGGUGGUGGCCAACAAGGUGGACCUGUCCGCCCAGCGGCAGGUGAGCAGUGAGGAGGGUCAUGACUUUGCCCGGCGACACGGGUGUCUGUUUGUGGAGACAUCCGCCCGGGCCAAUCUGGCGGUGGGACAGGCAUUCGAAGAGCUGCUGCUCAAGAUCUUGGACACCCCCUUGCUGUUAGAGACCACCGCAGUCGGGGGCAUCAAGCUGGGGGCGGUACCCACGGGGCAGCAGGCGGGGGUUUGCUCGUGCUGAGCCCAGGGCAGGGGUGCACAGUGACCCUGCAAAAGGGGAGUGUGUGGAAGGACGGCUGGAAAUGGGAGAGAGCCUGCCGCCACUGUUGAUAUCCCACCUCCCUUUUUCCCCCUCGACGUGCUGGGCUCAAUAGGUCCAUAUUGGGACCGUCACUGCCGAAGCCUUCUCGCGCAGUGUUGCAGUGGAUUCUUCACCUGUAGCGGGCCGGGUCAUUGAAACAUGGCAUUGGGGGAGGGUGGCUGUGUCAGGCAGGGUUACAAUGGGGUUGAGGGGAAAGAAGAGGUCACCUGGACCUGCUCAAGACCGGAUAAGCUGUCAGAAGGCGAUGUGGAUGGGGAGGAGAGCGCAGUGGAGGCCCAUGGAUUGGGGGCACAUCAAUUGCAGACUAAGACCAGACGGAAAGGAGGGAGGUUUUGGUGUCAGGAGCUACGCUUAAAGGCUCGGGCUGGGAUAUGCUUUACGGAGGAUGGGAGGGAUGUCAGGAGAGUUAAGAGCCGAGUGGGUUGUGUGAAAGAACAAUGCGCGAGGCAGUAUGCUUGGUAAAUAAAGAGUUUCACAGGCGAAACGGUGUAGCCACGCUCAUUCGUCGGCAGCCAGCGGUUCACGGCACAUGACUGCAGGUUUAGGACUUCUUUUUUGCGUCACCAAAUUGCCGCCUGUGAUUGCUCUGCAAGACGCAACCUGUUGUUUUUUUCAGCUUUUGGCACUUGUCUUACUCUUGUUUGCCGACUUAUUCUUAUUUGCCUCUGCACCCCCCUUUGAUGGUGGUGAUGGCGGCUGUAGUUGAGACCCACCCAAACCAUCUUGUUUGCAGCAGCGGCUUCAGAGGCAACGAGGCAGUCCAGCCACGUACCGCGCACCAUCUAUGCCACACAUAGCAGUGAAUUAGGUCGUGCUUGACCGGAUAUAGCAAUUAGGGGAACGUUGCACACCUUUCGAGUGGGCAGUAUAGAGCCUUGCUUGCAACCUCCUCAUCUC